CCUCUCACUCUUUAUAAGAGAAAACCUAACGUUCAUCUUCGCUCCUCAUCCGGUCAUCCCCCUCUCUCUUCAUAGAAAAUCUCAGCAGAAAAGAGAAACCGAGAAAUGGCGACCAACAUUGGAAUGAUGGAUCCUGCAUAUUUCGUCGGUAGAACAGAGAUACUAUCGUGGAUUAACUCUACUCUCCAUCUAAAUAUCGCCAAAGUUGAAGAGGCUGCAUCAGGAGCGAUUCAAUGUCAAUUAAUGGAUGCUGUUCAUCCUGGUAUGGUACCAAUGCAUAGGGUUAAUUUCGAUGCUAAAAGUGAAUAUGAUAUGAUUCAGAACUACAAAGUUCUUCAAGAUGUCUUCAAUAAACUUAAGAUUACCAAGCAUAUUGAGGUCAGUAAGCUUGUUAAAGGAAGGCCUCUUGACAAUCUCGAGUUUAUGCAGUGGAUGAAGAAAUACUGUGACUCCAUUAAUGGUGGUCAGAUGAACAGUUACAAUCCUUCGGAAAGAAGAGAGGCUUGUAAGGGAGGAAAGGAUCCCAAGCGAACUUCAUCCAAUCAAGCUCCAGUAAAGUCUUCAACUGCUGGUUCGAGAACUCACCAGUCGCAGAACAACCGCCGAACUGAGUCAUCUUCUUCACACCCGCUAAAUCCAUCAGCUAAGCCCACAAGACCGGCUUCUAGCGGAGGACCUGCUCCCAGUGUAGAACCUGCUUAUGAAAAACAGAUUACUGAGCUAAAGCUGUCAGUUGAUACCCUUGAGAAAGAGAGAGAUUUCUACUUCGCAAAGUUGAGGGAUAUUGAAAUCUUGUGCCAAACUCCUGAGAUAGAAAGCUCAGCUGUUGUUGGUGCGAUACACAAAAUACUGUAUGCUACAGAUGACAAUGCAUCACUGCUCGAAGAAGCCCAAGCUAUGAUAACACGGAAGUACCAGAAUCAAUCUGUGGUCGAAGAAGAAAAGGAAGAAGUUGAAGCAGACAAAGUACCCAAGUUGGAAAGCCAAAAGAGAAAGAGCAUCUUGAAUAUUGAGGUUAAUGUUGCUGCAGAUUCAACAUUGUCACCGAAGAGAAGAAUCUCUGAUGCCUCUGAUGUCCAUAGCAGUGGAUCUCCACUGGUUAGUUGCUGAUAAAAAUUUCCCAUGGUUUUAAGAUUUUGUUAUAACAUGAUCGUAAAAUCAGUUCUAGAGGACCUAAGAACUGCAUUAUAAUAGAGUUAGUGUUUCUUUACUCCCUGUGUGGAGAAACGACUUCUUAUCAGGAUGAUUAGUUACUUGCUGUUGGGGAAACAAAGGCACUACUCCUAAGUCACUGGGGGUAUAGUUUUCUUUUUCAUUGUUUGGAGACUGAUUGGGCUUCUUUGAACAUCAUCUUGUUGAUCUUGAGAAUGCCCUAUUCUACAGAUGUGCUCAACUUUUAUGUGGAUUUUCAUUCAGUUUAGUUGGUGUUGUUUAACAUCUUCCAUCA